AUGUUGCCUCUAAAUGGAUAUAAACGACAUCAUACAAGUAAUAUCAUGAAUUGCCCACAAGACGCAUGUGAAAUGCCUCAAAUCGUCAAUUCAGCUAAUCAUCGAGCUAGGAAAAGUCCAGCCAAAAAAAGGAGAAUAUCGACAAAUAACAGCCAGCAAUAUAAUGAGGAAUAUUCUGAUAGCAUACCAUCUACAAGCCCAGAAGGCCAAAACGACAGCUCAUCUUGUUCGUCUGCACCCUCAGAAGUCAAUAAUCCACUUCUAUGUUCAAAAGAAAUUAUGCAACCUAUGCCAUGCCCUGUUCAGACGUAUUUUCCAACCAUGAAUAGUGCUUUUGUUGGACAAGAUUUUGUGUCUUGCAACAAUUUUCCUCAGCAACAGAUACCUUACGGUUUAUCUUGUUCUGGAAACAGUUAUGCGAAUACGAUCUCCGCGAACAGUGGUCAUUCAAUCACUCCUCGAAACCAGCUUUGGGAACCAAUAGCACGGCUUCCAAUUCGCGAUCGCUCUUUAGUCGGGAGUACCGACAGUGGUGCGCAUUCGGUGAGCUCAGAGAAUUCACCGGAUCUUGGAAAUGGUGAUAAAAAGCUCCAGCUAUAUCGAGGCCUUCAGUCGACAUGCGAUCGACAGUUGCCAGCAAAUCGAAUUUUUCUACCUCCAGGCAUUGAAGCAGAAGUUUUUUGUCAAGUGCCAGGCCGUAAUUCACUCUUAAGCUCAUCAACGAAAUACUCCGUCACAGUGGGCGAAAUAUUUCGGCGCAUAUCACCACCGGAAUGCCUAAACGCUUCACUUCUUGGUGGAGUGCUUAGAAAAGCAAAAGCGAAAAAUGGCGGAAAAUCUUUACGAGAACAAUUAAGUAAACAUGGAAUUCAAUUACCCGUCGGCCGUCGUAAAACCACCGAUAUUACUCCAUGGACGGCACUAGUUGAAGAAGAGGCGCUCUAUAUGGCCAAAUCGUUUUCAGAAAUCAGCCAGAAGCAUUUUCCAACAAACGAACUGGCUGAGUUUUUCAUUGAGAAGAAUCGUAUCGGAAACAUUGAUAUAGGAAUUAUAAAAUCGAAACUUGAACUGACGAGCUUAGCGAUGAAAGAAAUAGCUGAUGUGAUGAACGCAGACAGAAGUCCGAUUUGUGCCGCUGAUCCACCUACAGUUUUGUCACCAAAAUUACAAAACGCUCUCACACAGUUUUCACUGUUGACACACGGCUUCGGCAAUCUGGCAUUUGUUGCUGUAAUUGAGUGUAUUUCAUCGUUAUUUGAUGCUCAAAUGAAAUAUUACAAUAAUUUGUCGAAUACGAGUGGUCACUUCUCCAGUGCAAUGGCUUGUAUAUCACAUUCACAUCUACAAGCAAUGCAGCAUCGCCAGUUGCAGUUCGCUUCCGGCGCAGUUAACCAAACUGAUGAAUCGGUUGACACAUCGUAUAGCAAUAAUAACAUAUCCUCAUAA